AUGCCCGACGUUCGAUCCGUAACAGAAACGCCCAGCAAUAUCGUCGAAAAGGAUGAAAACCCCGAUAGCGAAGAGGACACCCCAGUGUAUGGAAACAAGGGCUUCUUCUCUUUCCUGAAAGACUGGAGCCCGGGGUCUCUUCGGGGGCGGAGGUCGCAGCGUCAGGACCCUGUUGCUGUCGGUGCGCCGAUUCCGCCUAACCCUAAGCUGUUCUUUGCGAAUGAGAGGACAUUCUUGCACUGGAUGAACUUGUGCGUUAUUCUGGGCGGUUUGAGCAUGGCCUUGUUGAACUUUGGCGACAGAGUGGCACAAACUGCAGCGGCAGCGUUCGGAUUGAUUAGCGUCAUCUUGAUGUUCUACUCACUGGCGCAGUUCUGGAUUCGGGCGGAAAGGUUGACGAAAAAAGAACGAGGGAACGUGUUCGAAGACCCAGUAGGAAUUCUGGCGAUGGUCGCAGUCGUUUUCCUCGCUGUCGGAAUAAAUCUGGGUCUGCAGUUUACGACGGGCACGAGUAUGAUACAUAGCCUAUUCGCCGCCUCAAACCACUAA